GUAGCCAACCACGGCACAGAUUUAGAAUCAUAGAUCACGUACGCACACUGACACGCAACGGCAUGGUGGAGAUCGAUCGAUCGAUCGAAUCCUCAUGGAUAUGCUCCGCUCCAUGUUGGAUCGAGUCAAGCCGAGCAGCCAGCCAGAUGCUCAAUCCGCUGAUUAGUAAACCCCCAUCACUGUACCAGUGGCAGGGUUCCACAUCAUUAGCCACUUCUUUAGCGGAUUGAUUAUCUAUUUUCUGGGGUUAGAGGGGGAAGUAAGCGGGGUAUAUCAGCCGCAUAUGCUCUUUGCAACCUCGCGUUGACUCCAUGCCAUCCAUGGAUCCCAGCAUAUUCUUCGCCUCCGGCUGAUUUUCUAUUGCCCCAUCCUCAGAAAAAUGGUUUCUUUGCCUCAUCGGAGCCACCACUAGGUGCUCAGCCGAUUUUCUUACUACUUCCGUCCGUUUCGCCGACCCUGCUCCGGCGCAAGCGACACACACCUGCGGCGUUGAGGGUUCGAUUGGUUGGUGGUCUCGGCUUGACCGCAGCCGCAGCUAUAAGGAAGGGGGCGCCGGAGAGAGGAGAGGAGGCGGAUCCAUCGGUCGUGCGGUCGGCUAUGGAGAUCCUGAGCCCGUCGCCGCCGCCCAGCCCGGCCAGGAACCAGUUCGUAUACGGCGGCGCCGGCGCGCUCCUGCGCCGCGACCAGGCCGGCGCCGGCGCGCUGCUCCACGUCGCCGUCGGGAGGUCGCCGGAGAAGACGCUGCCGCUGCUGCGCUGGGCGUUCCGACGGUUCGGCUGCGCGCGCGUCGCCCUCGUCCACGUCCACCAGCCCUCCCCGGUCAUCCCCACCCUCCUGGGAAAGAUUCCGGCGGCUCAGGCGACGGAGGAGCUGGUCCUGUCGCACCGCAGGUCCGAGAGGGACGAGAGGAACAGGAUCCUCCUCGCCUACCUCGCCUUCUGUCAAAGGGCGCAGGUGCAGGCAACUGUUCUUGUAACAGAGAACGAACAGAUCAACGACGGCAUCGUCGCUUUGGUCAGGGAUCAUGGGGUCACAAAGCUUGUCAUGGGUUCUAUACCGGACAAUUGCUUCAAGUUAAAGGCAGGCCACAACAAGGAAUAUUUUAUGGCAAAGAAUGCUCCAGCAUUUUGUGAAAUUUGGUUUGUAUGGAGAGGAAGACACAUCUGGACCAGAGAAGCAAGCGCAGCGAUUGGCAACAGCAUCUCAAUCUACAACCAUGAUGAUAUUAUGAUGACCAGGAAGAGGACUAGGUUCAGCCCAAAUAGCAACAGCGCUGAACCCGUGCUUGCAGAAGGCACUGUAUCAGAUUAUGGAGCUUUUGGAGCUGAUGCCAACCAUUUCUACAAUAUGAGACUAUCAAAUUUACAGGAUGCAGAAUCUGCAUUCAACUCAACCCUCUGGCCUGAUUCCUCCGUACAUGGGGGAGCAUUGCAGUUACAUUCUAAGGUGGCCCUUCUGCUUCAUUUCUAUUUUGCUAGUUUUGUACUUGGAGUUGAUCUUACCGUGUUAAAACUUAAAGUUAAUGGUAUCUAUCAGGAAAUGUUGGAUGCAAAUCUCAAGCAAGUCAUGGUUGAAGCUGAGGGAUCAAGGAAGGAAGCUUUUCUUGAGCUUCGCAAGCGCAAAGAAAUAGAGUCAAAAGUGGCCGGUGCUUUUGUCAGGGUAAAAGCUUCUGAGUCUUCUAAAAAACGAGAAAUGAAAAUAAGGGAGGAACUUGAAGGUUUAUUCGUAGCCACGAGAAAGCAGCAUGAAGAUCUGGCAAGAAGUAAAGAAAAAGCUACGGCUGUGUUGGACUCUUCUAUGAGAAGAUUAGACAUCCUAGAUGCUCGUGCUAAAAACAUGAGCCUUCGGAUGGAUGAGGCUGUGGCGGAGCUCGAGGUGAUUCAAUCUUCCAUAAAUAUUCUCAAGCAGGAAAGAACAAAGGCUCAUAAGAAUGAAGAUAGACAUACGAACCAUGUCAAAGAAGGGUGCACAUACAGCCAUUCCAAGUUGCCAAACUGCAGUUCAAUUGCUCUUGGUGAUGAUCCAUACACCUUUAGACAAUUGACACUGUUAGAUGUGCAAGCUGCAACAUGUAAAUUCUCAGAGAGCUUCAAAUUACGUCCAAGACGUCAUGGGUGCAUUUACAAAGGAAAAAUUAUGAACAGGAGUGUGAUGAUUCAUAGGUUGCACUCAGAUAGCAUUAAGAGCUCGAUGCAAUUCCAGCGGAAGGUGUACAUCCUAAACAAAGUGAGGCACCCUCAUCUAGUGACAUUGGUUGGGGUAUGCCCAGAGGCACUCUGUCUUGCCUAUGAGUAUCCGAAAAAUGGGAGCCUUCAUGACCAUCUCUUCGGCGAACUCAACAGUGCCCCGCCGUUGCCAUGGAAAAUCCGUGCACGCAUUGUGGCGGAGAUCUCGAGUGCUCUGCUGUUCCUGCAUUCAUGUAAACCACAGAUGAUGGUUCAUGGUGGCCUGAAUCUCGAGAACAUCCUUCUAGAUUCCGACUCCCACUGCAAGAUAGCCGAUUUUGGUACAUUGACAGCGGAAGACUCGAAGGAUCACCCAGCAUUGGAUUCUGGACUGCUGGCACACAAGUCUGAUAUCAACUCCUUCAGUACCGUGAUACUGCAGCUACUAACUGGUAAACAGCCUGGUAGUCCAGGCCUUGCCAGCGAAGUAAGGCGCGCUCUGUCCUGUGGAAAGCUGUCGUCGAUCUUGGAUCCAACGGCCGGGGAGUGGCCAAUGGAGGCGGCCCGGCGGCUAGCGGAGUUUGGGCUCGAGUGCAGCGGAGACAGACCGGAGCUGACUCCGGACACGGUACGAGAACUGGAGCAGCUGCAUCUGAUCAGGGGGCGGCCAGUACCGUCCUUCUUCCUGUGCCCGAUUCUCAAGGAAAUCAUGGAUGAUCCUCAGGUGGCCGUGGACGGGGUGACGUACGAGGGACGCGCCAUCCGCGAGUGGAUCGAGGAUGGCCGGGCCGUGGCCGACCUGAAGCUGAAGCACCUCGGCCUCACCCCCAACCACGCCCUCCGGUUCGCCAUUCAGGACUGGCUCUCUCAGCCUCAGUGGUGAAUGAUGAUGAUGAUGAUGAUGGCGAUUCUCGAGCUGCUGUCUUCAGCUUGCAACUAGCUAGUAGAUAUGUAGAGCCCUCCUGUGUACAUACAUGCUUCUGCCACUUCUGUACAGCAGUGUGCUGCUGGCUUAGUGUAGGUCAGUGCAGUGAAUGGAAUUUUUGUUUUUGUUCAGUUCUUUUUUUGGUGCACGAAUCAUUAUUUUUCUCUGUUCAUUGGUGGCAUUUUUGUGUCGUCUGAAUAUUAUGAAUAUUAUUUUGUUUUGA